AUGCGCCGCCGACAACGUGGCGAGACGCUGAGCGAGAGACUGAGAACAGAGGUGCAAGUGUCUGCGGCUCUGUGGCAGAUCGGACCUCGCAUUGUUGAUCCAAAAUCUGGUGAUAACCAACGAUCGAAUGCAAAUGACAGUGAUGGUCAUUAUCCGUGUCCUCGAGAGGUGAAGCCACUGAUUUUCUUCUUCAAGUAUCUGCAGCCUAUUGGUGCUGCUGAAAGUGCCGGCAAUAAUGACAAUAGUGGGAAGGUCUCGACAAAGAGCCACUCACACAGGAAACUACGCGUGAAUUUACCUUUAACUGUUAUUUGCGAGCGCACUAACGCUCAAGAGUCGGUGCUCUGGUUACGAUCUGAUAAACAAGGCAACGUUAUUCGGGAAGACAAGACGCCACAGUGGAGAAAGAAGUUGCACAAUGCUCUCGUGGGUGUAGCACCUUCUGAUUCGAACGAAAAUGACCCUGUGUUGGCAGUGAGAAGUGUCGCUCGGUGGAAAAGCAGCAAUUAUUCUAGUGGUGGGAGUGCUGUUGUGUUGACCAGAAGAACCCUAGAUCCUAUACUAGCGGUACCAGGCGAGCUUCCAAUCUGUAUACAGCAGUUUGUGCAUUGUCGAGGAUCACAGGCCAGUGUCUACCGCGUCUUCUGGUGUGAACAGGAGCGCAAGUGUUUUGCCGUCAACCUAACAAGCAGGUACGAUUUUAACUAA